AAGAACGCUUGAACAAACUGUAUGAUGAAACCCAUUCAUAAUGCUUUUUUAGCUACUAUGGGAUUUAAUCGAUGGGAAUGAAAGUAAUUAAAAAACGCCUUUGUGAUUCCCCACCCAUCGCUCCACUAUCAAAUAUCGUUAACCCUCUCAUUAACACCACUCUUAGGGAUUUAAAAAUAAAAAUAAAAAAAAGAUCCCUAAACCGAACCCUUCAGACUCAAUGCUCUCAUUUCCUCUCAAAGGAGCUCUUACCGUCGCUCUUUCCCCGUCAACAACUACCUACCUAUCCAAUCUCCGGUGGUAGGUUGUCUACUAGUAACCUUAUUUUCCCUAUAUUUUGUUCCUCAUAAGAGUUUUUCCCCUAUUUUUUCCAAAUUAAUUAUCAGAUCUAUUCGGCAGCAACAUCCUUUGGAUUUUCAACUCUGCCAUCAGUGGUGCGUUUAUCUUGAACGAAAUGGCACUGUCUUCUCAUUUCAAAUUCCACAUCAGUCCAAAGCACAAGGAGUUUAUUUGGGUGUUGUUGAACGAUAUGGGAGUUCAUGACCUUUGACCAAUUCACACGGGGAUUUUCUGUAUUUUACCCUUUUAGUAGCCAUUCCCCGAAAUAGAAUCCUUUGAUCAUCAAGACCUGAAGCAGCCGCUAAUCAACCAUGGCUGCUACCAUCCUAGCCGAUGAUGAUGAUGAUGACAUAAACCCCUUCACAUCCAUAAUGCUGCUCGCCCCUACAUGCCAACCACCAAAACCAGAAUCAGAAGAAGACCACCAGAAUCAGAGCCCAUUAUCAUCAUCCAAAGCUGGAAUAACUAGUCAACAACUUCUUGACCAAAAUAACUACUACCUCCACUCUGUCAACUCCCACCUACUCAUCAGACAACUCCCUUCUCAAGGCCUCUCUUUUCAGCUCUGGCCUGCUGCAACCACUCUCGUCACCCUCCUUGAUACCCACUCCUCUCAAUCCACCAUCCCCAACCCACUUUCCACCUUAUUUAAAGCCCAAGAAGACCGUCCCCUCAACAUCCUGGAGCUGGGCUCUGGCACCGGUCUUGUUGGGAUUGCAGCUGCUGCUCUUCUCUCUGCUAAUGUCACUGUCACAGACCUCCCUCAUGUGCUAUGCAAUCUGCAUUUCAAUGUGGAGGCUAACUCCAAACUUCUUCAAGUCAACCAAGGUGCAAAAGUUAACAUAGCGGGGCUUUCCUGGGGAGUGGAUGAAGACAUGAAAGCUGUUGGGAAGGAGUAUGAUUUGAUACUGGGGUCUGAUGUAGUGUAUCAUGAUCACCUCUACAAGCCCUUGAUUAAGACCCUGAGGUUCUUCUUGUUGGGGAAUGAUGACGGCAGCAAGAAGAAAAGGGUUGCCUUUGUGAUGGCUCAUUUAAAGAGGUGGAAGAAGGAGUCUGCAUUUUUCAAGAUGGCUAGGAAGCUUUUCGAUGUUGACAUUAUACAUUCUGAUCCUCCUUCCCAUGGCGCUAGAGUUGGAGUAGUAGUGUACCGAAUGGUGGGGAAAUGUUUUCUCAGCGUCAAUUCUGUCCCUAGCUAAAUAUUUGAGCGAGGAAUUGAAGAGAACAUUCUUGAAAUUUUGAGAAAAUCUAGAAGUUUGUCAUGCAUCAAAAACUUUCCAGGGAAGAUUUUAAUAUCUUUGUUAAUGUAUUUUACUAAAUUGCAAUCACCAGGGUUUGAGUUCAC